AUGUAUCAUAUUUAUUUUCCUAAGAGAAAGAGAUUUCGGCCUACCCUGUAUUUCCCUUUUUCCAUAAUUGCUUUUUUUUAUAAAAAACUUUGUAUCACGUGUCUGCUCCUAUUUAUCUUGCCAAAAAUCGCAGAAAUUGUCAUAUUAGCUUUCUUUAAAAGCCAAAAUUUGGCCUUUCUCAACAUCACUUGGUGUUUUUAUUUACCCAUUUUAAGGUAUAAAAAAUACAAUCUUGAAAAAAGAAAAUAUUUGCAUGUUUUAAUAAAAUUUGUGGUCCGACCUGAAAAUAACAAUAGCCGUGGUACAUCAAAAAUUGUUUAA